CGUGCAAAAUAUGGCGGCCUUCUGGACUUGAUACAUGUCUUGAUGCAGCCUUAUAGUAAUAGGUGACAAAGCGAGUUUCAAAUCACAGACAACGAUAUGAAGAAAAGGAAAGGAGAAGUGGUUGGCCAGGAGGGAAACAUUUUGAAAAAGGCAAAGGUUUCUGACCUCGCGGAGGCGGAGGAAAACAACACCAACAAACACAGUCAAUUGGUACGCACUGUGAAAGUUUUAUUACAGAAAGAGCAAACAAGGUUGUCUGGUAUGUUGAAAUUCUAUAUUCAAUUCAUAUCUUGUUGUUUCGAGAUACAUGUAUGGGAUUGGAAUUGCAAUUUUGUGUCUCAGAUGAUUUGUAAAAGUUGUAUCCCGGCUGUUCAAAAGUUAGAUAGCCCAAUCCAUUGGAUAACUCAUUAUCCAGCGGACGCAUGAGUGUUAGGGAAACCAAUUACGCUAUCCACAAGAUAGAGAUUUUUCCAGUGGAUAGCGUUAUCUCCCUUUCAAACAACUCAGGGCCCAGGUUACGUAGUAUAGUUACAGUAAGUAAUGUCCUUGUGGCAUUUAUUUUUGGUAAUAUUAUUUUUAUUGAGGUUUGUCCAAGCUACGCGAUGCGCUUAAAGAGUCACAAAACAAGGAGAGACUGGCAAGCAUUGUCCAGGAAGGUGGAGAAUUUCAUGAGGUUUUCAAGAUUUUAGAAGGAGGCCGACACAGUCUUUCCCAGCUUGAGGUACUAAACUGCUAUAAUGCUCAGGGUUGUCACUAAGAUUUCAAGUAGCCGGGUAAACACAACAAGUAGGCGGGGAAUCAAACGGCUAGAGAUUUCUUUUGGUUCUAUUUUUCUUCUAUUUUCCAAUAAAAGUAGCCGGGGGCCACUCUCUUAGUAGCCCGGGAAAAUCCCCGGCCUGCGGCUCUUAAUGACAACCCUGAAUGCUACUGCAAACUGAAAGUCAAAAUUGAUUCUCUAAAGUUGCUAUUGCAUCUUUACCAUGUACAGUACAUGUACGUGAAUGAAAAAAGUUAACUGUCUUAUGACUUAUCAAGCUGUCAAAGGUACAAAAGUAGCCAUUCAUUUGACAGAAUUUGCAUGAAAAGUAGACGUAUAGAUUUAGUUUAUAAAUUAUAAUAUAAUUGUUUUAUUCCAGAUUGCUCAGUAAUAAGCUGUGAUACAUGUAAAGCCUGGAAACUAUAAUAUUUAUAAUGAUUGUACCAUUUUCUGAGGAAAGUCAAUUGAUCUAGAUGAUCUUUAGAAACCAGCUUUACAAUCGGAGUGAAGUUGAUCUCAGUAAUCUUUUUACGUUAAGGCUGCUGUUUUGCACUUACAGACUUUAGAAAUCAAAUUAAAUUACAUUUUUAGCUCUAUUUUUGUAAUUGCAUUUUUAGUUCUAUUUUUGUACUGAAAGCCUGUCUGUUACAUGUACUCAGAAGAGCAGUCUCAAUUUGUGGUUAUUUACAUGUAUAAUAUCAAUAAAAUUUUCUUUCCCAGAUCCAAACAUGCCUGGAAAUCCUAGAGAGUGUUCUGCUCUUUACUGCAGGAGAUAAGCAGUUAUCUACCAGAAUAGGGAUGGCAAUAGUACAGCAAGUGCUGCAAAACCAUAUGAAACUUCUAUACACAUGUCUCCAUCCAGGGAAUCCCCCUGAUGUUAUCAUGACUACUCUGAGGUUGCUUACAGCCAUGGUAACACAAGGAGUGACAGCAGCAAGAGAAGUUCAGAGGUCAUUUGAUUUUACUUUGAAGGCCAUUGGUGCACUACCAAACAAACGUGACCCAAAGGUUAGUAAGAUGUGCCCUACUGAGGUCAGAAUUGUAUGAAAUAAACCAGAGGCAGUCCUGCUCUGGCCACUUGCUGGAUUUGUUGAUGCAGUUGUAAGAAUAAUAAAUUUUUAUAAAGAAAGUGGUUCCUGAUAAUUAUAAAAUUGUCUUGGUUUUUUAAAGCAAAUUUGCCUGAUUUAGAAUUAAAAAAUGUCAUAGAAUAGUGUAGGAAUAAUAUGUACAUUUGGAUUUGGUAUAUUUAUAUUAACAUUGUCAAUGAUAAUUCUUAGAAAAUACCAUUAGAAAGAUAUGUGUGGAAAGAAGAACUCAGAAGAAAAAAUAAUUUUUCAAGUUCAAGAUGGAAUUGAACCAACAAACCUUCCAGACACUAGUCAGAUGUUUUAAAUUAACAUCUAAGCCACUGAGAACACUAGUGAUGAGCAGGUCAUUUGUGGGGUGACAUAAUGUUGGCAUUUUGUAGUCUUGUUAUGUCAAAUGAACAGACAAAUUAACUGCAUUGUGCAGUCAUGUAAAUAAUCUCUGAGCAAUAAAUAUUUAAUGAUUCUCGCAUGAAUAUUUGAAACUUGCUGUCUUUUUUAGUCAGCUCAAGAUGUAAGGACAUGCUUCAUUUACUUCUGUCUUUCAUUUUUGAUGUUUGGCGACUUAUCUGUCAUGAAGCAGAUCCUAGAACUGAAAGGUAUGUAACCAUUGUUGUCCAUUGUUUUGUUUAUUAUUUUGGAAGUAAUUCAAUUUUUAAUUUUCUUUACAAAGAUUUGCAUUGUAUUGUGCAUGUACUAACAUCAAGCACCUUCAUAGCUUAUUAAAGCAGGAUAAUAAAUAAAACAGCCAUUUAGGCCUGUACUUAAAUGUAUUGAAAAUAAACUGAUGUGGAGGUUUGCAAAAAUUAGACUACAUGUAAGUUAGGAGCCCCACCUCGGGAAGGGCAGGUUACAGAUGCAGCAUUUUUCAAGUGUGGUAAUUGAUAUAAUGUGUCUUGUCUGUCAAGUUUUUAGUCAUCUAGGGUGAUCAGACAACUGCAAAUACAGAUCCCUGUUAUUACACUGUACAUUACUGCAAUUUUAGAUCUCUUAUAGACUUUCAUAUGUGUUCUUCAAAUUUGGAACUAUUUUGAGAGUGUUUUCAUAAGGAUAGAGAAGUGCUUUUAUAUUAUUGUCUUUUAUUAUCUUUAAUCUAUUUUUAAAAUCUUGUGAACUUGACACUCAAUUUUUUGUUUAAGAGUCUGGUCAAGAAUUGAGAUUCACAACAGACCGACCACUCACUCUAGUCCUAGCGUGACAUACAUGUAGAACCUCUGCUGCACAUGCAAAUGCUACGCUUGUUUCUUGAAUUCUUGUUGUUCUUUCCUCUUUGCAUAGGAUUCAUUCAAUCAAUAAUGAAAGGACUGUCGUCUGAUGUGCCUCAUGUAGUUCAUGUUGUGUUAUCCACUCUUCAAACAAGAGUAAGUGUCCUUCAAUACUACAGAGUAAUACCCUUAUUUUCAUCAGUUUAUCCUCAUUAGUUUGGUUUAUUUAACUACAACGGCAUGAAAACCCUUUAGGCUCAUGCACUGUGACUUUUAUAGCUUAUUGUUUUGUAAAUUAGGUAAUAACUUAGGGGACAAAAAAGGUCCCAUCUUGUUGUCCCAGAUGAGUAGUUUUUCUUCUUUGGCAAGUAACUGUUAAAGCUCACUUGCCCCAACUAAAUCAUUAGCUAAGACUGGAAGCAAGCAGUUGCCCCGGGCAAGCAAAAUGUAAGAGAUUCUUCGGAAUCCCAAAGUGCAAGCUACAUGUACUAUUCAAGUUUUGUUCAGAUGCUGUUAGUAUUGAUCAUAAUAAUAAUAAUAUUAUUAUUUUGACAGAAUAUUUUGCAAUAUCAGCUCAGUUGUUAAAAAGCGAUAAAUUUACUAACUUGGAACAAACACCGCUGAAAGGUAGUCAACAGUUACCAGCACCAUACAAACAACUUAUUGAUGGAAUCAAGCAAAACUAACUACGAGAGAACGACUGGACAACUGACAAUUUGACCAACGAUAAACGACUGUUUAACUGUGACAAUAGACAGAUCGAAAUGCACCAAUGACAUUACGGGUCUUCAUAGCCAAUAACAUCACGGCUUAACUGACAGACGACCAAUAACACUGCCAAUCAGGACAAUAACCAGAGUAUAAUACCGUCAACUGAUGUGAUUCAACUCACUUUGACUCUGAAGAUGACUACAGUACAGGUUGUGGAAACGUCAGUCACUGUCAUCAACAACAGUCCUAUUCAGGACCACAUUCACCCGGACGAUCAUACUCAACUCACUUAUGAAAUGAUUCCUGGGUUCAAACCUUUCACAUAAUUUUUUUUGUAGAUAAUAAAAAUAUGGAUAUGCAAUCUUGUAGAAAAGGAUGGGUCAUUAAAAGUGUACUGUCUUUUACCUUUAAGGUGGUGCAAAGUACUGGGAUAUCAAAGAAAACAAAAGUACAGUUUUUUAAUUCUUUUGUGCUUACACAACUGGCCAAUCUAUACCAAUAUGCUAAAGAUUCCGAGGAAGAGAGGGAGCAGUCAAUACGCCAAGCAGUGCAUGAGAUCUUACUGAAAAUUUGUGGCUCAUUCAAGUUUGGGAUUUGUUUUUCUAACACCUCUGGUGCAUUUGCUAUUAAGUAUGCAUUAAUUUUAUUAACAUGCUUAACAGUGUUAUAUAUAGUUUAAUUUCAGUGGGAAUAAAAUGUAAUACAUGUAUGGAAGAGGGCCUUUGAGGUUAGGUUGCUUCAUGCUUCCUUAAUAGCAUAUGUAGACUCAAGACCACUCCUCAUGAUGAAUGAAGCAGAAGACUGCACUAGUCAAAAAGCUUUCUUGGUUUUGCUUUUAGCACAUACCCAAUCUUGGAAGAAGCUACUGUAUACUGUAUUAAAAGCCACUUUAGUGCUUAUAACUCCUUAAUGUUUACAAAAGGUAUCUUUAGGGUAGUUUUUCUUCUUCUUUUUUUUUGCAAGGUGGUGACAUAAAACCAAGCAGCUGAAUUUCUGGCAAACUCUCGAAGGGUUAAUGGGCAAAUAAUUUCCAAUAUCUCUCUUUUUUCUCAGAACCAAUAACCCAGUGUUGUUGAGAUUCCUUCAGAAUUUAUCUUCUUCGAUGGUCAGUGAUGUAUUGGUCCAAGAAUUGGUGAUAAAAGUGUUAUGCUGUUGUCAAGAUGUUGUCAAACCUUUUCUCACAAGUUUGACAGUGACAUAUGAGCCACGGCUUUCAUUACCUUGGGUAUCAAACGUGAAUCUGUUGACAAAGGUAAGAAAUAUUUCUACACGUAUUUACUAUGGCACAUCAAACAUUGUUUUCACUUUAAGUCUUUUGGGUGAUUGCAAUUUUAUUUUCAGAUUUAUAUGGCAUUGCCACAGCCUUCACAAAUGAUAGAAAAAACUAUUUUGAAGAUUUCUGCACGAGUGAUGCCAUCAUUAAUAAAUGUGGUCAUACCGCCUGGAAUCAGCCGAACAGUACUAAAUCGUGGAGUUCAGGUAAGUGAAUCCAAACUCUUAGAAAUUUAAAAAAAUGGACUUGUAAGAAGUUAAUUUUACCUAGUGAUGCUUAGCUUCCACAUUGUUCUCCGUAUUCUUAUUUUAGGUCUCACAAAGCACUGUACAUGACAAAGCAGUAUCGGAUAAUGUUCAGUUUAGAACUUGCAGAUGUUUGACAAAAUCCCACCCGUGGUUGGUCAUUUUGACUUGCGUGGGCAGAUGAAAUACCAAAGACCACCAAUUUGAAGCAUUUUGAUUUGCGCACACACAGGCUUAAAUCCAUUUGUUUCUAAACCGCCUGUAACCGCCUGUGCAGAUCCCCUUCCCUAGUACCGCUCGUGAUGUCAUCAGAAUGACUGGUCUUUAGAGCCAAACAGUGAUCAUAAAACGGCUCUACUAGUUUCAAAUGGUAUUUUUCGGAAAACAUUGCCGUGGCGAAUGGGUUAAAGAAAUUAACCAACAAUGUGUCUGGUUUGUCCAACUAAACUUUGCUACCUAUGUUGGUGUGUCCUUUUCUAAAAGAAAACUUAUUUACAGCCCUAUAAACCUUGGUUUUCAUCUACUUAUAGCAAGAAUAGUGCCACACUGCUUUCUGCUUUCUCACAGUGUACCAUUGUACAUGCUAUAAUAAACGACGAUUCAAUUUACAGGUAGAAAAAAAACCUUUCACACACAAGCUUUCGAUUCUGUCGUGGAGUCUUUUUCAAGUGAUGGGUUUGGGCGUUUUUGCACGUGAUUUAUACUGUGAAUCCCGUGACAAAACGAUUCCACAAAAGAUUCUCUGAUGGAAUCCAAAGCUUUUGUGUAAAAGGUUUUUUCCUAUCCUGUAAAUUGAAUCGUCGUUUAUUAUAUCACUAUGACAGGAUUAAGUAACCCUUUUUCACUAAGAUUGUAAAUGCUAUUUGAAUUUGAGUAUUCAUGGCUUUUCCUCCACUUCUACAGUAGUUCAUACGGCACUGAUCAGUUUUCUGUAAACUUACACACAUAAUUAUCAUAUUGCCUUCUCUUCAGCAUGCAAGUUCUCUGGUAAAGCACACAACUCUAUCCUUACUGGUUGUGAUCCUUGACAGAGCACAGAACACUGCUGAGUGUCUGGCUUCCAAGAAUAGCACAGCAGUUGAUCAUGAACAGACAGAAACAACUUUGCUGCAGCAAUUUAGAGAGGAGGUUUUCAAGGCUUUGCCUGAUGUUAAAACAGUCAUCUCUUUGAGGCAGAAUCUUGUUGUUGGUAAUUCAAACGAAGAUGUCGAGAAAGGUAUGAUGCCUGUCACUAACAACUUCAUCGUUGACAACUCUUUCCUAGAUCUGUACAUGAAAAAUAGCCGGGGUGUAGCACAGUGUUGGACAUAAUAAUUAAUACCGACAUUUCCAACAUGUUGAUCCUUCAUUUCGUUUGUGUGUUAGCCAGCAUAAGCAGGGUUCUCAAUUGAAGCCGUAACCCAUAACAUCUGUCACGCGGUAAGUGUUACUGCUGUCAAAGCGUAUCGACCAGUAGGUCAAUAUCAAAUGCAAAUAAAAGAACGUUUUUUUUUGAGUAAAUGACUUUGUGAAGUAUUGACUGUUAGUUGCUUUUGCAAUGUACCUUUCUUCGGUGUUAGUUGUCAAAAUUAACAGCCUUUCAGCAGACCAAAGACUAACCGAAUAAUCGUUAUGCUUCGCAAAGUCUCUACAACCUUGAAAUGGGGCCGCCAUAUUGAAUUUGUACAUUCGAGCCCAGUCCCCUCGCAGAUGUCAUCUUUUCACUUGCAAAAACAUGGCCGCUGCAAAGCAUUUCUGAGCAUCUGACAUCAAAUUUUUCCCGGGGAAGCAUGUCAUGUGUUAGGCCUGUAAGUGGCACAGCAAUGACAGUUCAAAAUUCUAUUGAGAACCCUGAUCAGGUGCUUUAUAACGCCUUGCAAUAGAUCAUUAAAUUCGUACAAGGAUUUAGGCAUGAUACCUACAGUUUUUAGGGCAUCGCGCGCUACAAGAAACGUGACCUGUGCUACAGGAAUCGCAUAGCAACGCAAAUCGCAAUCGCGUUCUUCUGAAGGGUGGUAACUUGCUUUUGAGUGGGGCUGUAUUAGCCAUACACCCCUUAGAUUCAUUGGGUGAAUCCAUCCAUCAUAUUUGUAACUUGAAUGGAGUAUAUAUGCAGUUUGGCAUUAAGAGGGCUUAGUAAGAAGUAAGUAAUUAAUGUGACGUUCCUUUCCUUUUCUACAGAUGUUACAAGUCCUACCAUUCUGCUAGCGCAGUCUCUUAAAGUAAUCCAUGGAUUCCAGACGCUCUGGCCUUCAGUCUUCUCACACAUGAACUUUGACCUUAAGAAACUGUUACCAGGGCAACAGGAAAUCAAUUUUCCCCCUAUCGCUCAACAGUUGACUUUACAGAUUCUCCUGGAAACGCCAGCUGGGAGCUUGAAGUGGUAUCAACAGGUGACGUUAUUCAGAGAAACACUGGUAUUGUAAAAGAUUAGUGAUUGUAGUGUUUCUUCAUUCGCACACAUAACAUUCGCCACUUUACAAAUGAGAAGGGAACUGGGACCGAAAUGCGUCCUGGUAUUGUUUUUGGGAUCGUUUCUGUAGACACGCCGGUCAGCUAUUGGCCAAUAGGCUACUUCGGAGUGUAAAAAACCCUCACUUUCAAAACGAGGCCAAGUACACAACCUUUCUUGUAAAAAUGGGUUUUAUUUGCAUGAGUAUGAAAAAUCAUUUCCAUAUGAAAGGCUGAGCACUUACCCUCGUUUUGAUACAGAGGCCCGCGGGAACUUGGAAAUGGCCUAUUUUUUUGGCCCGUCCUUAGUAAUAGUCCAAGAAGUCCGAAAUUAAAGUGAACUCGUUUCUAACCCUUGAAACCCCAAUGGUGACCAACACCAAUUUUCUCCUAACGAUAUCCGCACCUUGUCAAGAGAUAAGGUUAUGAGAAUUAAUGAAAUGAUCAAUAAAGAAAAGUGCUUUGAUCUUUUAUCAAAUUCUAUCAACUUAUUCUUUAAAGAAAUUUAUAGAGAUCAGUUUGGAGAAUUGGUAUGUGGAUAUUGGGGCUUAAAGGGCUAACGUGGCGAAUGUUGAUCGAAGGCUGACUCAGUUAGCUUAAGAAAUACCACCUGCAUUUUGUCAAACACCCUCUGAUAGGAGUAUAUACAACUAGCCUCCUAUGACGACUUUUUUUUAUCACACAUUUUUAUUUUAUUUUUUUAGAAAGCAAAGAGUUCAACAUCCUUUGUAUACUCAAUUCUCAGUUUAUACUCAUCAACACAAAGUGAAAGUAUCAAGAACAAAGCUAAGGAACUUCUCUGGAAGGUUAGAGAAAUUGUUUUAGUAGUAAAUGUCUUGAACAUAGAUCAAAGACAAUUAUUCUACCAGUCCUUCACGCUAACAUUGUUCCUGAAAAGCCCCUUUGGGGAGGUAACAAUAAAGUAUGUAUGUAUCUAUGUAACACCAUGUUCCAUCAAACACGUUUUCCUUUAUUUCAAAACGGUUUGAUAUCACACACGAAUUGGGAUCUCUACCGCACAUGGGCUCCUGAAGCACACUAUUAAUCCGUAAUACCUACUAGUUUAACUAACUCCCUAUGUGCCUCAGGAUUUUGCUUCUUGUUAUUUUAACCUGUCUGCAAAAUAAAGUAGUAUGUAUUGUAGUAUUUUCGGCGUCUCUCCCUAGUCUCACAGUUCGUUUUCUCCCUCGCUUGCGCACUAUUCUUGAGCUACGCGAAAUACUGGCUGUUUUGCAGACUAAGUGAAAGGGUUCCAUCGUAAAAAUGAAUCAGGAGGUUAGUGUCCAAAGAAUCUGUCAUUCUACUUCACCGGGGGAGUGAAACACGAGAAUAUAGUUAUAUCACCGAAAAGAGGAGAGAAAAAUUAGUUUAGAACCGUGAACGGGCGUUUCUAGGGCUCGCUAGGUAUCUCCGCUGUUAUUUCUCUUGCAUAAAUGUGAAGUAGAAAAACUGCUUCAUGUCUCCUCAGCUUCUAAAUGAAGGUGGACUGGUAGACGGUCACACUUAUGAAGUGGACGCAUGGUUGAUUCAGCUGCGAGAAAAUCAGACGUAUUAUGGACAAGCAGAUUCACUUCUGAGGUUUCUAGAUGAAGUAUUCUGUUCAGUGGCCGCUGAACCAUAUGAGUACACAGACAUUGUAAUAGAAAUGCAAGCACAAGCAGCAGCAGCCGAGGCUAGUGUGGCACAGACUGGAGUCGAGUCAUCACAGUGGAACAUGUCUGAUACAAGGUCUGUCAGAACUGUAGUACGUACGGUUCUAUAAUUAUUCAAACAUUUUACAUAUCUAUUUUUGUACGUAGAAAUCUUUCAGUUAAAGACCGUAUCCCGUAUUAGUAAAAUUUUACUUGUAUACGAUCGUAAAUUGGCUGACGUACUCACCAUUGGUUUGUAGAUAGUAAGCGGUGAAAGCGGGGUCUUUGACCAAUAAAUACUUGUUGAAAUCGCCAUUAGCUAUCCUUGUUUUUUCUGUCACCGCGAUAGAAUAAUGGCAGCGCUUGAAUGAAACGAUUAGAAGGCGAACUCGAGAUUUCUUUCGGCGGUUCAAUAGUGGACGAGUUACAAAGCCAGCAGUAAUCACGCCUUAGACGAUCCAACUUGGAAGAUCAGCCUGUGUUUGAUGUCAUCGUAUCAAAAUGUUGGUAUGGGCAAUUCUACAACACCUCUGACACCUGUUACUCCCAUUCAAAGUACCCAUGGAUAAAAUCAAUAUCUUACUUACUUCGUUUGAAAUUCUUUUCCAUCAAGGUAUUUCUUUUGUUUCAGACUCCCCGUCAGUCUAUUGCUCAUUGGAGCGUUAAAACGUUAUUCUGAACUUCUCUGUAAAAUGAACAAGCAUGGUGACCAGACAGCUGCGAGUAAUAUAGGUGGGUAUUUUACGUCACUGUGGGUUUUAGGAAAACAUACCCAAGCACAUAGAAACCUCUAUAGCACAGUCAUGCUAGGUCAAGGGUAUCCGUAUAGAUUCUAUUAUUGGAUUCAAUCAUUUGUUGAAAAUGGUAUGGGCAAUUCUACAACACAAGCUAGGAGAGCAAGGGUGGCGCAGUGGUGAGAGCUCUCGGCUCCCACUAAUGUGGUUUGGGUUCAAAUCCCGACGUCGACGCCAUUUGUGGGUUGAGUUUGUUGUUAGUUCUCCCCCUUGCUUCGAGAGGUUUUUCUGCGGAUACUCCGGAUACUCUCCUCAAAAACCAACACUUCCAAAUUCCAAUUCGAUCUGGAACGCAGGGACACGUUUCAACGAUUUCUUCAAGAACUCUUAAGUGCUUCACGGGUAAACAAAUUACUAUUUAUGGAAUCUGUCAGUCGUUGUCAUUAUCAGAUUUAUUUCUUCAUCCUUGCAUACGUAAUGAGCAGUGAAUUUACACGCGUGAUGAAAAAAAUUUCCGCUAGCUUAACUUUCGUUUUGAGCUCAAUCUGUAUCUUCAUAGGAAUUUUCAUCCAUUUAAAAUGUGAAAGAUUUUUCAGUCUGUUUCAGUACAGAGAAGUUGUAGACUUACAUUCGCUACUCAUUAUGCAUGCAGGAAUACAGAUUUGAAUUUAAUACCAGUGGCGGCAAUGACCAGUGGAUUCGCGGCUUUUAAGAUAAUCAGUUCGUUCGUAGAAUUGAGGGAUAUACUUGAUUUAACUUGGCUUAUCAGUAACCGAAGUAGAUGAAUGUCGUUCUUUAGAUCCUGGUAUAGGAAAAAACAGAAAGAACGCGCUAUGCUACCAUUGCUUUUGGCAAUACAUUUUGCUUGAUUUAUUGUAGAUGUUAUUUAUCUCUUACAAAAUUUACAAAUAUUAUUUGUAGCUAACUUAAAAAUGCUGUUUAAAAAUGUCUGAUUUUACUGUGCGUUGUUUGACACUUUUUGACUUGGGCUUAAAAUAUAAAGAGGACAGGCAAAAUGCUUAUAGCGAGUGACAGUCUGCUACCAGUCCCCUCCCCUAGGACUACCGCGAGGGAGAGCAUUUUAAGAGCCAGCGAACCAGUUCCUUCUCUCUUUGUUCUCUUCCUACACUCUCGUUGUGACAGCUCGCUUUGUACGUUAGUUGAAAAAGGACUAGCAUCUAUCUAGUUGUGAAGCAUUCUUUAUCUUAGAAUCUUUUUACUUCAUAGGAGGCGUUGCACGAUACAUGAAUUGUUUGGUCUUCGAGAUGAUCCACAUUUCUGCAAAUCCAGCCAUUCUCUGUUUCGCCGUUUGCCAUUACUAUACUGAAAUGGUAGUAGCGGACCAUUUGAAUGCCAUAAGAAGUCUGCAUGUAGCCUUACUGCAGUAUGUAAGCAACUGGCUUCCUGGUGCGGUUCAGAUGCAGGACAGCAUUGGAUGUGCACAAGAAAAUCUACAGAAACUGCAACGUUUUUUGAACAAUACCGCUGUAGACAGCGAGCAAGGUAAUUUUACGAAAGCUGCAAAGACUUAAUAGCAUGUUAACGUUAUAAAAAACCAUACAACGCGUUUUGCAUUAUGGCUGUUUCAGCUCUGGUAAAAUAAUAAAUGUAAUUUGAUCUCUAUUUUUUAUGCUAGGGAAGCUUUGUACUUACAAUUUCUGAUUUAGUUCUAUCGACAUGAAAUCUUACCAUUCACCAUAAACAGUCUAAGCUAAAGCGCCUUAAAGACACUCCGGAGAGACCUCGUUCGUUUCAAGAAACAAUGGCGACGGCGAGCGACAGUGCCAAACUUUCCUCAAUCAAAUUCCGCGAUCAAAUUGUAGUAUUUGCCCUUCGGCUUAUGUCUCCAUCCGAGGUGUUUCAAUAUGCGGUAAAAGAGUGGGACGAUGGCGAGAGGGGUGGGGAGGCGAUUAAUCGAGGGACGGCUAUUAUUCGAGGAAAUGCGGUAAUUAAAAAAGCCACUCUUGGGGUACCAGCAAGUGGUUGGCGCUAAAUGGAGAUCGGUCGCUCUUUAGAGGUUCGUCAUAAAUUAGGGAGCUUGAGCAAAGACGUUUUUUGAGCGACGCACUCCAACCAGAAGUAGACUUUUGACAUUCGUGGUCAGUGAUUUUGCUCCAAUUUUUGGGUAAAUCGUCUCCAUUAUAGUAAAGAACUUAGCAAUACAAAUUUGGUAGCGUCAAAGCAUAUCAAAAGCGAAAAGGCCUCACUUUUGGUUGACGUGCAUCGCUCAGAAAUGUCUUUGCUUAAGUAUCCCCACUUUAGCAGAAACGUUACUUUAUUUUGAAACAAAUUCGCGACGGGAGCAGCAUUACUGGUCCACAGUCAGUUGUCACUUUCCAGAUCGGACUAAGAGUGAUCAGCAUCAAAUUUCUGCUUGUAAUAUCAGUGCUUCGUAAAACAGUGGUCAUGAGAAUUACGGACAUGAUCACACAAGAUGAAUGUGCUUGAUAUUUUAUCAACUUCUCCCCACUACUCCUGUAUGAAAUGAAUAGGGGCAACAAAUGAGAAUUCAAAUUUUGAUCUUAGGGUUUAAAGGGUUAAAUAAGUGGCGGCUUAAUCGAGGUUCAACUGUACAAGCUGAUUACUGUAAGUAAAUUAGUCUUUACCGAUAGAUGGUUAAUAAAUUUAAUUUUAAUUUGACAAGAGGCUCUUUUGGCGUAACAUUUAUUUCCCUUUCUAUCACUCAGGCUUUGUAACUACAGGGAGCUUAGCUCCUUUGCUACGAGUGCUUCCAUUCAGUUCCCUUUUGUGGCAAGUACUAAGUGAGACAGCUCGCGAUGAGAUAACACUUUCUGAUGAGCUUCCCUCGAACACCUCUUGCACAGGAAAUGACAGUUCAAGUCUCCUUUACGACUCUUGGUUCCAGAAUCUCUUGAUGGCUACUUUAAAGAAAGAGCCGAUGUCAAAAAGCAUCCCUCUUUGUCGGUAUCUCCUCCUACAUUUGCACUUCUUGAAAUCAAAACUGUUAACUGUCGCCGUUUCAGUCAAGCAAGACAAUCUCCAAGCUGCAAUGUUGUUGUGCUUUGAACUGCUUCAGUCUCUGAUAGAACGAUUGGUAGAAAUCCGAAAGAAUUCACUCAAAACAGAUGCAAAUGCACUUAACGCAAAUAGUGAUGAUUUUUCUCAUGGUUCAGAUAUAACACAUACUGUCCCUGAAACCCAUGAUAUGGGUUUAAGUGACAUGGAAUACAUAAUCCGCACUGUUUUCCACCAUCCUGUAAUGCUAAGCUGCUUCCUUUGGUACCCAGAGCAGUCACUGCCACGCACCUCUCUUCAGGAUGUUGCUGUUCAGCUUACAUAUCAUGUGUCCAACUUGCUUCUUGCUAUCCUCCCUAGUCUAACCUGGCAGCAGAAGAGAAUCGUGAUGGCUCCUUUUGUUAAGAAGUUAAUCAGUGCUGGAAUGUCCGAAAUUCAAUCCGCUCAAGAUGGAAAUGGUAAUAAAUAGUAAAUAUGCGUACUUUGAAUCGGUAGCUUUAUGCAGCGUAGCUAUUUCAGCUGAUCAGUAUUGCUGGAAGAAUGGCUCUGCCUUGCACAACCUCCCUAUUGUUCAAGCUUAAGAGCAUUUUAUGGGGUUUCCAUAGAGAGGUUCUUGUAGGUCAUUUGCACGAUGAUGUCGUUUGACCACAGCUUCUAGAAUCCUUUAUUUUUUAUGUGCAAAUCAAGACUAUUGUUUUAAAAACUUAGUGGGAUUUAGAAAUUUAAAUAAGAAAGCAAAACCGAAUUCUUGUAGUUGUAGUUAACUGACGUCCUCGUCAAAAUAGCCCGCUAUUGUAGUAAUAUUGUAAUUGUAUUGCUAAGCUUAGUGAUUGGCAAAAAACAUAUCAUGCGCCACUUUCUCCACCAAUCAGUAGAAACUCAGAACCAUUCUUGACUUACGUGCCGUCAUCUUUCCGCGCUUGGUCUGCGAUUGUUUCAAUAUCACACCUAGACUGGACAGUUAUUCCUAAACCGACCUAACUUGACUACGUAUUAAUCUAAUGUGCAUUUACUCCAUUACAGAGACGCCAUCUUCACAGACAUUCUAUCUCCUUGGACUCUUUCAUAGCUAUUGCGACAAAGAAGAACAAGUGAAGUUCAUAUCCAGUUUAUGCAAGCUGCCUACCAGCUUGUUGUUGGCAAUAGAUUCAUCAUCCAAGGAGAGGACGCCAACUGCGUUUCUUCUCACUCUUCUGAAAUUCUUAGAAGGAACAUCACCAUACGAAGACAGAGAUUCUCAUCCGUCAUUCACUUUGUGCAAAGAUGUGAUAUUAGAGAGAGAAGAACCGCUUUCAGUGUCGCAUUUCAUGCAGCUUGUCAAGAUUUCAAAGGAUGUAAACUGUCCUCAAUUAGACUCGAUUAUUUUGAAACUCUUGCAGGCUUCUUUGAAAUAUGUGCAAGCUUCUACAGCGACUGUCCUAAAUUCUUGUCUUCUUUACCCAACAGAAGUUAAAGUUUCAAUCGCCUCAUAUUUGGUCACACAUUCUCCUGCUUUGAGGUCGCAUUUUGAACUUUGUUGCUUGAGCAGAUCAAAUUCUAGGAAGAAAGUAAAAGGAAGUAACAAUAGUUCAGUAGUUUCAAUAGAAUUCAAGGAUCAUUUGAGAGAAUUCGUUCUGCUAGUUUCAUCCUACCUUUUGUCCGUCCGUGGAGUGACUGGUGAGGGUAAGUUCAGUGUAUGUUCUUUGACUAACUGACAAUUCGCCACUUUAGAUACGAGAACUGAGGAACCAGGGCCGAGUUGACUUUCGCAAAGACCUUUGGGAUUGUGACGAGGGACUUGGUCGGCAUUAGAUCCCAUCGUCCUUAACCCCUUGGGCACCUUAUGAAGUUUACACAACGUAGUAUUCUUUAUUGCUUGUGCACUGCGCUGAAAUGAAAUUUCUAAGUUUCUUGACCUUUUUGCUCAGGAAAUGUUCAUGAAAGUGUAAGUCUCGUCAAUUUUUAAGGGAAAAAAAAGCAGAAGAUCAAGAGUAAGAAUCGAACCCUGAGGGUAGUGUCUGCAGUCCAUCACCUAUACCAGUACGCCACUGAGGAUUUCCUGGCGAAAAUUGGCUUGAUUUGAAGCUAUAUAGCAACAACCUUAACCCUGAGUAGAAGCUAACCGUUUGGAGUCAGAGCUUAACCCUAAUCACUAUAGUCAGUGGUACAAACCGAAGCGUUAAGGCAUAGUAGGUUGUGUAAACUUCAUAAGGUGUCCAAGGGGUUUUAGGCCGAUGGGAUCUAAUGCUAACCGAAAAUAAAUUUGGUUUCUAGCUGACCGGGGCGUCCCCAGUAACAAUCCCAAAAACAAUUGCGGGACGCUUUUGGGCUCCAGGUCCCUACUCCUCCCUACAGUUCCAAACUGACUACAUAGCAAUACAAACGUUCAUUUUCUUUGUUACUGAAUUUUCCAUCGUGAGCAUAUGCAAUAACAUUUUUUCUUGACAGCAAUAAAAGGUUGCUUCAUGUCCGCGUCUUUUUGUCUGCCAUUAAGAAGGAGAGAUUUCCGUGCAACCCCAUACAUUUAUUGUGUAUCCAGCAAUCUCAUAAAUUUCACAGAAAUAGUAAAUAAGAAUAAAAUCUAAACGUGUAUGCAUGUGUGCAGCUGAGUGCAAAUCAUAUCAUAAGGUAUUUCACGUAUUUUAACGUAGUUUUCAGCAGAAUAGCAAGGUUUUGUUGCAGAGUUCUAGUAAUGGGGGUUCAAACUUUAAUAUCAAGAUUGGCUUUAAGUUUUGCCAAAAAAAGUCGGCGAAUACACGGCAAACGUUAAUUUGUUUGUUAACAUGCAUUUAAACAUUUUUUUUUUCAUUUUUGCGUCUUGGCAGGUAAAACCAGAGCACGAGCUGUAAUCUCACACCUGGUUGAAGCGUACUGGGAUCCACUGUGGGACUGGCUCGUUGGUGAUAGAGAGGGAAUUUUCAGAUCCUCAGAGGUUAGAGAUUUCUUAGAAAAACAGAACAUAAGAACAUUAAAUAAAGACUUACGAUGCAACCAAAUGCAAGCGUGGUCUCUCAGUGUCAUUGCUAAAAAAGUCUCCAAACCCUCGCCUCAACAUUUUCAAAUUUACGCCAAAAUUUAGUAAAGAAAACUUCAAAUUUCGUAACAGUAACGUCACCACCCAUUUUUCUGUUUUGUUUUCAUUUUCAUUCUGCCGCUCGCCUGCUCGUUCCCCUUUCCCCGUUUUAUGAAUUAUUAAAUUAUAUGUCUUCUCCUUUGGUUAAUUAUUCAUAUUUGUGGAUUACGCACCAAUCUUGUCACUGUGAGUUGGUUUUGAAAAGUACACUUACUCCUAAGGUAUUGCAAUAGUAGUUAAAUACUUCAGCUAGUGUUCUUGUUGAUGUUAUAGGAACCAUGUAUGGAGUUGAUUAUCACUCUUGUUCAGAGCAUGGAAAAAAGAGGUUAGGUCCGCUUCGUAACUGAUAGAGCCACCCUUAAAAUCAAAAGGUCGAUUAAAGGAAUGCAAAAUUGUACUCUUUAAUAAUAGAUGUGGCGAGCAGGGUCAGUUGAUUUUGAGGGAGCCUCUGGGCCUUCAUAACUCACUGUUGACGGCGAUCAGCCGAGGUUCUCAAAGAAGCUCUGGUAACCAGCGAAAAGCACCGUCGCGCCAGCUGCUCAGAAUCAAUAAUGUUUACGUGGUAUUUGUUUCUCAAUACUUUUGCUUGAUAAACCAAACGUAUGAUACAUCUAAAAAUAAAGCAAAUAGGUACGUUAAGGUGCCGUUAUCGUGGAUAAACUUCUUUCGCUGUCAAUCAAAAUAAUGUAAAAUGCACUUUUCAGGCCCUCCGCACGCCUCCCCUCAACAGGCCACCCCAAGAUCCCCGGACUCCUCCAAUGGCAGGGGGACGACCCCUUCCCUUCACGUGUAUCUCUUAUGAAGUUUGUUGUUCCAAUCACUCUUAUAUCUUUUAUUUUUUUAUCUUUUAUUGCAGCUGACAUUCUUAGGAUGAGGUUCAAUGACCUGUUGACUAAAGCUUCCGUAUGGGACAGGUACGUAGUCUACCAGGUCAUUUGGUUAGCUGUUUCCUAUGUAAUUUUAAUGCAGUUUAUUUUUUCCCCUAAAUUUCAUUUCUGUUUUGCAGCUACCAGUUGAGAAUUUGUUAUCAGCUUUUCAUGUGCCUUUCUCGUGACUGCCCUACCAAUGAGGAAACCGCCGAUUUUAGAAGCCAGUACUGCUUUGCCUGUAUGGAAUAUUUAUCCAGUUCUUUCAAUGGAAAAGGUAAAUGUUUGUCUCGCUUUUUUGUAGCCACCUUCCGCUUAUAACUUGAUUUUCAAGUCAGGUGAAAGAAUCGCAAAAGUCGCCUCCUAUUCUUGUUUCUAGAGAGAAUGCGUAACGUGUGACACUACCUCAGUAUUUUUUAAAUCAUAUUAGGGCUUGACUGUACACUUUUCCGCCUAUACUAUGAUCGCUGCUAAUUGUACCGCUUUGAUAACUGAUUGUUUCGUUAAAGUUCUUACGUCUUCUGUCACUGGUGAACGUGUUUACCCUGAUUUUGCUGCAGUGUAUAGAAUUUUCUCGUUCAAGAAUUACCUUAGCAACUGACCAGCUCUUGUUUCCUAUUCGUAGGUAACACAAAAGGUACUGAAAAUGUAUUUGACGAUGCUUUGGCUCAUUUGGAAUCUAUUUGUAAGGUACUUGACACUGACUUAUAUUAGGAUUACCAUGAGUUGCAUCCUAGUUUGUUAUGAUAAUGGUAAAAGCUCAGGAUGGGAAAGGAAAGGAAGCACAGUAGCGAAUGGGAGUCCAGCGUUGUUUAAACAUAAACAUGUUCCUUCUAAAUUUAUCUAUGUAAAAAAGUCAGCAUGUUACCGAUUAAUGAUGCGCGAUUUUUCUUAUUUUAACACUCUAUGUGCCUCUUUUUUAUGUAGAAUUCAGACGCAUACGUUGCCCAUGAUAAGAGUUGUGAUUCAGUGUGGAACAGCUUUGUAACGAACUGUUUGAGGUAUUUAUCCAUUAGUUUCAGGUUACCAUGUAGCCAAUCCAAGAACGUUCAGCUCAACGCUCUUUCCGAUUCAUGUAGAAUUUAUGGUAGUAGUCAGUCAGCUAAUGAAGCUGUAAUGAUGGAGGUAGAUAAGUACUUGCUAGUGAACUACAUUCAACAUCUUUGGUUUGCAUUUAUAUGAGCGUUGUUGUAUGCGCGCUUACCGUCAUGCGGAAUAAUUUUUUGCAUCAUAAUAAAGGGGCCACCAACUUUCCUCACUUACAGCCAAUGGCUGAAUCGCGUAGGAACCAGAGAGAUGAGAUCGGACGUCAGCUUUUAAAGGCGCACUAUGCUCCCACCCAGAUCAAUGACGGCGCACGUCAGAUAGACCAUGACAUCGGGGCCUACGUCUCCUACUCUUUUCGAACAAUGUCCCGGGUUCUUUUUCAACUGAUGGAAAGGAUGAAGGAGUCAAGGCCAGCGGCGCAACGUCACCGCCCAAUGACAAGAUCAUCUGUACUAAGAAAGGGGUUUGUAGUCACAGCUAGCGUGAUCUCACCAUACUUUAAAAACCUUGGUUAAUUGUCUUGCUUGGGUGUGAACUGACAGCCUUCCGCGCAGCAGUAUCUCCUGUCAUCACAAUGGACAUUAAAAGAGAGUUAAAACAUCGGUCACUACAAGGGCUAGCCUCUUUUGCGCGUCUCGAAGAGUACGGUAUUUGACGAGCCGUAUUCUACCUUGUAGCAAUGCAUUUGAACCAUUUCUGGUGUGAUUUGUUGUCUUCCACAGGUACAAAUUUGAAAGCGCCAAAGUUCUGACGACUUUGAGAUGUCUUAUUAAAGCAAUGUACAGGAAAGAACCUUACGACAAGAAACAGUCUGAUACUCUGCUGCCCCUGGACACUUUGUAUGAAAUGCUAAUAAGCCAUUCUCAAUUCUUGGACGUGAUUCUAAGUGACGGGCCAUCAGGAAACAAGGACGCAAAAGGUUUGAUAAAAAAGUAUUAACGUCUAAUAGUAUCACAGUAAUAUUCUCUGCCGGCGAUUGGCCAAAAACGAUUGUCUGAUCAAGCAGAAGAAAGGAAUUCAAAUGGGUCAGGAACUGGUUCAUUAAUAGUAAGUGUAAGAGUGAGUAACUUGCAUCCUCAACAAAUCCCCGCUUCCCAUCUCUAACAGUUGGCAUUACAAAUAAUCCUUGUGUCAGUGCCUUUCGUUUGUUAUAAAUGUUCAUUCUGUUUUUCCUUUGUUUUGGUAGUUCCUUUGGCUAAGUUGCACAAUAAAAAUUUUCAAACCUUCCUAAUUGAAGAGUUAGAGGGCAUCAUCAAUUUUCAAGGUUUAAUUAUGUUUUGUAUUUUUACAGAAUCCCUCACGGAGCUGAUGGUUACUAUAGUGGAUUUAAGUCCUAGCUGUUGUAAGUCGUCACACCUGCCUGUGCUUUUUGCAGCUUACUCAGCCUCAUUAUCUGUCACAGGUAAGGCAACGUUUUCUGCAGAUGUUCGUUCUUGACAAUCAGCAUAUGUAGCCAAUUUUAUUAACCAAUCAGAUAAAGAAGCAACUGAGUUUUAGUCGACACAUAGGGAAGGAAAAAGCAAGCAGACAAUUCACGUUUGAUUUUGGUUCAAAAGUGGAGAGGUAUUUUCAAGCCAAUCGCAUCAUCUUCAUCAUAAUCAUCAUCAUCAUCAACAUCAUCGUCAUCAUUAUCAUGAUAAUCAUCACCAUCAUCAGCCGACCACACCGCAGUUCGCGUCGAGUUUCCCUACUCCUUCCUGCCUUGUGUCAUACUCCUAAUCUCUCCUGCCAGUGGUGGGUAGACCUCUCUGAUCACAUGGGCAAUGAGUUUACGGACCAUCAGCUUUGCGUAACAGAUUUUGCGGUUUUGCGGCAUUUUUAGUUUCCCUCGUGAUCUCUUUACUUGUACGAUCAGCUUCUGAAGUUAAUGCAUUUGUUUCUAGACCAGUGCAUUCUGUACUUGAUGAGUCUUUACGAAAAGAACCACGCAUCAUUUAAGGACUACAGGUAUUUUUAAAGAUUCUGAAGUUAUGGUCGAAUAUUUCCUGACGGACACGUCGCUAUUAUGGCUAGCUUGAGAAAACGGGCAACAUUUCGCGACGUCACCACUGGGUUCCCCGCGAAAUGACGUUUGAGAAACGAGCGCAGAAAUUCCAUACUGAUGACGCGUCACUACCCAGAUUCUGAUUGGCUAAAACUUUGAUUUAUCCGUGCUCCCAUAUCAUGGAGUUAACGAAUCGACGAAGGCCAUGCCUAUCCUUGACGUUACUCCUCAAACUUCAAAAGAGAUUUUUCUGCUAGUAGUACACAGUAGUAGGAGACAGUUAAACCCCUUCUGCGGGGUUCUAAGAGAUUUAUGAAAGGCUGUUAAGUAUCAUGCACGAACAGCCAAAGAUAAUCAAAUAAAUGUAAAUUUUUAGUGUAAUACCAAAUGUGAAUGAUCUUCAUUCGGCAUAUAAAUUGACAUUUCAGUCAAAUGGGGUAUAUGUCGGAAAGCAAAGCAAUCUUGACCUCAACUCCCCCCCCCUCGACUGUUUUUUCUCAGUGGCAGCUUGAUUAGCGCCACAACAUUGUUUGGGGGCGGGGUGGUGGGGACGUUUGGGAGGGAAGGCUUGCUUUUGUUGUUGUUUUUUUUUUUUAAGUAAGUAUGGUCGCCAAUAUUUUAGACUCGUCGUUGAGGAUAAAGUGUUUUUAGUAGUGUUCUCGUCUAUUGUGAGGAUUCGACUUUGAUUCUUGACACAUAUAUCAACGACUCUAUGGGUCUUUAUAACCCGUGUACUGCUCUAUAAAAUUGAAUGUCACCUUGGCACAGUUCCGGUUACUUUCUCGUCUUGUUACAGACCAUUCCUUUGGGGCCCCGCUGCUGCUAGCCAUCAUCAGGUCUCGAGAAGCCUGGGUCCUUCACUAUGGCAACAGCCAAGCGUUACUGAGGUCCUGGAACUGCUGGAUGCCAAGAAAAUGAGCCAGUCAACAGUUUUGUUCUCGCAGACCAGGCUAUUGCAGGUUUGUGAAGGGCUUAAUCAUUUACGUUUCCUGUUUGAGCUUGCAGAAGGAUCAUUUUUGUCAGUCUUGCAUUUUUACGCGAAAGUGUGAAGUGGAUUGACUGGCAAGCUAGGAAGGCAAGAGAUGCCACAAUGAUUACUUAUGUCGUAGCAGGCAAGAACUAUAGCGGGAGGUAAAGAGUUUGCGGGGGAGUGCCCGCAGCUUGAUCUCGGGAAGAGUAAAGGACAAGCUAAAUCUUCAACCUGCCAUCAUGCGUUCUUUUUCUCGGGGGAGCGCAAAAGAAAAAGGGAGGUAGGACCGCCUGAUGGCAGGUUAACUCAAUCUUAACAUCCUCUAAAAAUAACACAAAAUUACAUAAAUUGCGACCAACAAGUUCAAAUCUUGCAUUCUAGUCAAGUUGCUGUAUGUUUGUUUGUUUAAAUGUUGUGUUUUUCAGCCGCAAGUCCACCGUGAGGUAUCGCAGGAGAAGCCCCAAGAUGUUUAUGACCCUUGUUUCCUUCUUCCGUUAUUCAGUUGUAUUAUGGCUCCAAGUAAGCAGUUAACCGUAUUUUGGUUUUUUGAUUUAUAAUUCAGUAUGAUAUGGAUUUUGAUCCAUACUUGAAACAAAAGUUUACCUGACAAUUUUCUCUUUCGAUUUUUUAGUGCGAUUCAAAUAGGUAUGAAACUUUAUUCUGCAAGAUUUUUAUGUCACGUGAAAAAGUGGCAUUUUUAUUAGUGGAAUCUCUUUAUCAGUUCUUCUGUGUGGUACUGUUUGUUAAUUUUCAGUCUUAGAUAAAUCAGCGGUUCUAAAACAAAAUAGCGUACGUUUGACAAAAUUGUUCUGCCUCAUAGAUUACCAAGUAGACUGUCGAAAGUUCGUGGAACAAGGUUGCUUGAGCUUCACCGUGGCAUCUUUGUCGUCACGUGAUACACACGUGCGCCAAGCGGGAUAUCACGUGCUCAGCAGGUUUAUGACGCAUCUUGAAGGUUCAAGAUUCAAAGAGAGAAAACAGGUCAGUCAUUAGCUCCCGUGACUCAGUCCUGAUACUUUCCUACCAAGCCUGUGGCGAGUUGCGUAGUUCUUAAUGUCAGACGUAACAGCUGUAACCUCGCACAAAACCUGUUGAGACACAUCGCAGACAUACGUAUUUUUUUGUGUCAUCCUGGCAAAAAUGGAAACCUUCGCUAAGUGAAUGCCCGUUUACCCCCUUAUCCAAUGUUUAGGAUAACUCGAGAAUCAUACGCGUUUGUUUUUAGACCAAAGCAACUUUGAAUAAGGGUAGGGGAGGGACCUUACUUUUUCUGUUUAGAGGAGAUGGUAGUAUGGCGCAAAAGUUAGAAAAAUAGAUGAAACUGUCUCAACAGUUUUGACAAAGUUGUAGGUUCCCGAGUGAUGCCCAAUCAGCAAUGUUGCAAUUGUGUUUACUGAAUAGGCCGAUUCCUAGUUGCGCAAAAUCUUUCCUGUAAUUUCUGAACGAACUCAUAUCCAGUUCAUUUGUUAACGUGAUCCAUAUUUGUGGUCUUACUUCACAGAUUUUUCACUUGUUAAAGUGUUUGCAAAAUGGU